GCUUCCCGUACCCGCCCGCAGCCGCCCAGUAAGCUGCGGAUCCGGGACUACAGCAGGCAGGGAAGACACGGCCUCCUGACGUGGAGCUCCUCCGCCGGCAGUCCCUCGGGCAAGUUGCCUCGCUUUCAGUCUGGGUAAUAUUUAAGUGAAACUUGCUUGAAAUCAGCUCACCCACAGAGAGAUUGCGGUCAAUAACAUCAACAGUGAGGUGGGAAGAAAGAUGUUGUCCUUAAACAACCUACAGAAUAUCAUCUAUAACCCGAUGAUCCCCUAUGUUGGCACCAUUCCUGAGCAUCUGGAGCCUGGAACUUUGAUUGUGAUACGUGGACACAUUCCUAAUGAUGUGGACAGAUUCCAGGUGGAUCUGCAGUGUGGCAGCAGCGUGAAGCCUCGAGCCGACGUGGCCUUCCAUUUCAACCCUCGUUUCAAAAGAACCAACUGCAUUGUGUGCAACACACUGAUGAAUGAAAAAUGGGGAUGGGAAGAGAUCACCUAUGACAUGCCCUUCAAAAAAGAAAAAUCUUUUGAAAUUGUGAUUAUGGUGCUGAAGGAAAAAUUCCAGGUGGCUGUGAAUGGAAAACAUAUCCUGCUCUAUGCCCACAGGAUAAGUCUAGAGAAAAUAGACACUCUGGGCAUUUAUGGCAAAGUGAAUAUUCACUCAGUUGGUUUUAGCUUCAGCUCGGAUUUACAAAGUACCCAAGCAUCCACUCUGGAACUGACAGCGAUAAGUAGAGAAAAUGUACAAAAAUCUGGCAUGCCACAGUUUCCUAGUAAUAGAGGAGAUAUUUCUAAAGUUGUACCCAGAACUGCCUACACCAAGAGCAAAGAUUCGACUGCAAAUCACACUUGUACCAAAAUACUACCUAUCAACUAUUUCUCAAAGAGCCUGCCAUUCGUUGCAAGGUUGAAUUCCUCCAUGGGCCCUGGGCGAACUGUCGUCAUCAAAGGAGAAGUGAAUACAAAUGCCAAAGGCUUUAAUGUUGACCUGCUAUCAGGAAAAUCGAAGGACAUUGCUCUACACUUGAACCCACGACUGAAUACCAAAGCAUUUAUACGAAAUUCUUUUCUUCAAGACGCCUGGGGGGAAGAAGAGAGAAACAUUACUUGUUUUCCAUUUAGUCCCGGGAUGUACUUUGAGAUGAUAAUUUAUUGUGAUGUUAGAGAGUUCAAGGUUGCCAUAAAUGGUGUACACAGCCUGGAGUAUAAACACAGAUUUAAAGAGCUCAGCAGUAUUGACACACUGGAAGUUGAUGGAGAUAUCCACUUACUGGAAGUAAGGAGCUGGUAGCAAACAUGACUGUUAAAAAAAUCCUUAAAUACAAAAUGGCUUAUGUGAU